UUAUAUCAGCAGAUCUAUCACCAUGGCUUCUGAAGCAGUGGUUGUGUUGCUGCUGGUCUUCUUGUCAGGAUCUACCUUUGGGAUAAAGCUGGAAGGAAAUGGAUACACAGAUGUUCUUAUUGCUAUUAACCCAGUGGUGCCUGAGAACCCACUGCUCAUCAAGAGAAUCAAGGAAAUGGUGAGCAAUGCGUCAUCCGUACUCUUUACAGCCACUGAGGACAAAUUCUACUUUGAAGAGAUAACAAUACUAGUGCCACCAAACUGGACUCAAGGAGACUAUGGAAGAACAAAGACUGAAACCUAUGAAAAAGCCAACAUAGUCAUUAAUGAGGAAAAUCGUGCAUAUGGAGAUCAACCUUACACCCUGCAGUAUGGUCAAUGUGGAUCUGAGAGCCGGUACACUCAUUUGACCCCUAAAUUCAUGUUAGAUGAUGAACUCAUUAAACUGUAUGGACCCAGAGGUAAAGUUCUUGUGCAUGAAUGGGCUCACCUGAGAUGGGGAGUUUAUGAUGAAUAUGAUGACGGGCAGCCAUUCUACAAGGGUGCACACGGUGAUAUUCAGGCAACUAGAUGUUCCCUAGAGCUUUAUGGUCAAAUUGUCAACAGAAUUAACCACACAAAUUGCACACACAUUGACCCGAACACCAAGAUAUAUACACAGGACUGUGUGUUCGUAGCAGACAGCGAAUUGUGGAAGAAAACUGCAUCUUUAAUGUCCUAUCCAAGUUUAGAUAAGGUUACGAGAUUCUGCUCCAAGAAAACACACAACAGGGAGGCCCCUAAUGCACAGAACAGGAUGUGUGACAACAGAGAUGUGAUGGACGUUAUUUUCACAAGCUCAGUGGAUGCCAAAGCCAAUGUCCAGCCUCUGAAAGGACCACAUCCAGCACCUAGGUUCACUGUGAUGCAGAGGGGACAGAGAGUUGUCUGUCUGGUCCUUGAUGUUUCAGGAAGCAUGCAUGUACGUUACUGCAAUAUCAGUAUAAUUGUCGAGUUACGCAAAGACAAUGGCAAUACAAUGGGAGAUGAAAUCAUCCUUUUAACUGAUGGGGAAUCAGAAUUAGAUUGUGUGUCUGAGGUUAAAGAAAGUGGUGCCAUUGUAAAUACAAUUGCUCUUGGACCAAGUGCAAACAAAGAGUUGAAAAGGAUGUCAGAAAUAUCAGGUGGGAAAUAUUUCUAUGCAUCUGAUAAUCUGGAUCAAACUGAACUUGUGAAUCUUGAUAGUUCUGGAAUGAGAAGAAAAGGAAUUCUCAAUGGAACUGUGUCUGUUGAUCACACAGUUGGGAAUAAAACCACCUUUUUGGUGCUCCAUGAAAGUCAAUCACCAGAGGAUAUUGAAAUAAAAAGCCCUUCUGGACAAAUCUACGAUUUUAUUGAUUUUCAACCUUCUUCUAUUUCAAAAACACACUCCUUAGUUAUUCAAGGGACAGCAGAGACUGGAGAUUGGACAUAUACCAUAAAAAAUACACUGUCAGAUCAGUCUAUAACAAUAACAAUAACAAGUCGUGCUGUCAGUGAAGCCAUACCUCCAGUUACGGUCAAGGCUUACAUGAGCCAACAGUCCAUUGAUGGCAGCAAACCCAUGUUGGUGUAUGCAGAGGUCAACCAGAAAGGUGUUCCAGUGAUUCUGGCAGAUGUGAUGGCCACACUGGAGUCUGAUGCUGGGGACCAAUAUCAGCUAGAACUGCUGGAUAAUGGAGCAGGUGCUGAUGCUUUUAGAAAUGAUGGGAUCUAUUCCAGAUUUUUUACCACUUCUAAAAAAGGAAGGUACAACUUGAAAGUGAAAGUGCAAAGAAAAGACAAAGGCAAAAAUAAUGGGCAAGUUAGAUUGAAGAGACACAGUGUUGCCCCAUAUGUACCAGGAUAUGUCAUCAAAGGAAAAGUAGUGAUGAACCCCCCAAAGCCCCCAGUCAGUGAGGAUGACCUAGAGGCUGAUGUGGGCAGCUUCACCAGAACAGCCAUAGGAGAGAGCUUCUCAGUCAGUCUCCCACCUGGUGUCCCCCCUCCAAAUUUCCCCCCUAACAAAAUCACAGACCUGAAUGCAGAGAUAGAGGAGGACAAAGUGAUGCUCACCUGGACUGCACCUGGGGAAGACAUGGAUCAAGGCACAGCUGAUUCCUAUGAGAUCAGAGUCAGCAUGGACUUGGAAGCCCUGAGAGGAAAUUUCAGUGGAGCACAUCUAAUGAACACCUCUGACAUCCAACCACUAGAGGCAGGCUCUACAGAGGAAUAUUCCUUCCUGUCCAGUUACAUCAUCAAUGCUGAACCAGAGACGGUCAUGUUCUUUGCUGUAUGUUCUCGUGACAAGGAUUCUCUGAUGUCUGACAUGUCUAAUGUUGCUAAAGCCACAAAAAUGUUACCAUUUGUACCAUUUAUUCAAACUACAACUACGUCUACGAUAUCACAAUAUCUAAGUCCAAACCUAAAGCGGUCCUCUGGAUCAAAUGUAGUAGCAGUGGUUGUAUCAGUCAUUGGUACUGCUGCAGUCAUUAUUGCUGUGCUAGUUGUAAGCAGGAUGCGACUCAACAGACCCGGGAACACUCCCCACUUCACAGAGACACAGGUCUCUACAAGCCUGCUGUAACAAUUCACAGCACGAAUACAUCCAUGGCCUUACCAACACUAAAGAUAACUCUAUAAUUAAUAUAACACUCCUUUCUGAAAAACAAUGGCAACGCAAGCUAUUCUCUGUUUGAAUUUGAAAUAUAUUACCCUUUCCAAAGGCAAGACAGAAUUGUAUUUACUGAGAAGACAGAGAGCAGAGUAUGCCAUCUAUCGAGUAAGACUCAACCAUUAGUUCCAUCAUGGUAAUGCUCCCAGUCGUUUACUGGCUAACAAACUACGCAGUAAUGACCAAUUAGCUGAUAUAGCAACUUCUGAAUCUGAAAUCUGUCUGAAUCUGUCUCAAUGAACUUAAAAGGGCAUUGGAUAACAUGAAUAAAGGCAAAUCACCUGGAUGGAUGGUAUUCCCCCUGAGGUCUAUUUCAAAUAUUGGAAUCAAUUAGGUCCACUGUUGCUUGAAAUGACUAACACAGCCAUUCACAAAGGCUCAUUUGGGAGAGAUGUGAAUAAAGCACAAAUUUCGGCUUAUAAUAAAUUUAAAAAGUAAGGAUGCCACCCAGUGUUCUCACUAUUGCCCCCUAUCUUUGAUAAACACAGAUAUUUAACUGUUUUCCAAAAUGUUGUCAUCCCGUCUCGAGACUUUCUUACCCAAAUUGCUCGUCACAGACCAAAGCGGGUUUGUUAAAAAACGUUAAUCCACAGACAAUCGCCGUCAUCUGUUACAUAUCAACAAUGCUUCAACAGAAACAACAGCUUCUUGGGCUGUUUUAUCUCUCGAUGCAGAAAAUCUUUGAUAGACUAGAAUGUUAAUACCUCUGGUCGAUCUUGGAACAUAUGGGAAUUGGCUCCAAUUUCAUUAAUAUGAUUAAAAUACUAUAUGCCAAUCUCUCAGCCAUAGUUAUAACAGGCAAUAUCUGCUCUGCUCUGUUCAGAAUCACUUGAAGCAGCAGACAAUGCUGUCUGAUUUCUUCAUGGAACCCCUGGCCCAGGCAAAUCAUCAAUCGAAGGAAA